AUGGGGCGAGAACUUAAACGUACAGACAUGGAGAAGAAGCCAAAUGGUCUUGCAGUGAAGGUUAAUGGUGUAUCUCAUGAUAGAGUACAUGUUGCUCCUAAAUGUUCAGAAGAUGUCAUCAAAGCAAACGAAUUUGUGGAGAAAGAAACUGCUGAAGAAUCAGAGAAGCAAGAUGUGCUAGGUGUCAAAAGCACAAAUUUUGAGGAUGACCUGUCUGAUGGGAAAGAUGAGAAACCUGGAGCUCAGAAAUCAAGUGACUAUAAAAAUUCAAGUUCUCCCUCUCCAAAAACUGGUGGUGCUGGGAAUGCACGUGGUCAUCGAACUGUCCCUCAGCCAUUUGCUCUGGCAACUGACAAGCGUGUUGGUGGGAACAGUUCCCCAAAUUCGAACAAUGCACAAUCCCCUGUUAGUGUGAAGAAUUCACAGGUAACUGGAAUUCUCAGCAUUGCAUUUGGUGGAUGUUUUUGUCAUACUUCAUUACUGGGUGAAACUGAUAAUAACUGCUAUGAUGAACUCAAAAUCUUUUCCGUUAGGCUUAGGGAAAAGGAAAAUCUAUUGUUUUCUGAACAAAAUUCACCUACAGCAAGGAAGCCAUUGCAAGUUGAUAACAAAAAGCAUCAUGAUGAAGAAGAUAGUUGGUCUGUGGCUUCAUCUACUGCUGCAUCUGUACGAACUGUUAAAUCGGUAACUGUCGGAACAGCCCCCACUUUUAGGUCUGCUGAACGUGCAGCAAAGCGGAGGGAGUAUUAUUCGAAACUGGAAGAAAAACACCGAGCUUUGGAAAAAGAGCGAAGCCAGGCCGAGGAAAGGACCAAGGAAGAGCAAGAAGCAGCCAUCAAGCAGCUUAGAAAGAGCAUGGCGUAUAAAGCAAAUCCAGUACCUAAUUUCUACUAUGAGCCACCUCCACCCAAGUUUGAGCCCAAGAAGGCUUCGUGGUUAGAGGUGGCUUCGUGGUUAGAGGUGGCUUUGUGGUUAGAGGUGUUACCAUUGACUCGACCACAAUCACCAAAACUAAACCGGAGAAAAAGCUGCAGUGAUGCGGUUCGAACAUCUCAGGAGGAAGUGGGGAAACAUUGUGCUCGACAUCGUCACAGCAUCGGUAACCACAAAGAUUCAACUGCUGCCAAAACUGCCAAAGCUAAGUUUCAGGUCAGUCCACAGACUGUUAAUGGCAUUCGCAAAGUCAAAGACCAAUCUAAACAGGAACGCGUUACAACAAAAGCAGUUCCUGAGAAGACUGCUGACCCUACAAAUGCAGACAUCUCUGUUCACUCAUGA